UUUAUCCUUUUCUAUCCCACAGUCAUUUACAUAUAACAUUAUAUCAGACCCACCCAAUUGUAUAUCUAUAUCGAUUUUCCUUUUAAUGAAAUUUUCGACAUCAACCCAAAACAUCUUUGUGUAAAUAAAAUGAAAGAAUAAAUGAAAAAUUGCUUUUUUUAUCAUUAUUACAAAAUUCAUACGAAUAAUCUAUAUUCAGUUAGAAACGUUCCAAUACAUGUUUCGCAGGAUAAAUUAUAUGCAUUAUUUUAUAUAAAACGUCCUUUAUUUUAUUAUUAACAAAGAAUUUAUCGACAGUUUUCCAAGCCUUACGCCAAUUUAAAUCUCCAAAUAUUGAUGACCAAAAAAAUCUAGCUGGGGGAUAUGUAACAUUAUUCACACACAAUGAAUCACUGCAGGAUGGUGUUGGUGUUACCUUAGUGACGUGUCAAAACCUCAGCCCAGGUUAUAAAAAGAAGUUAACUACUUCUGGUGUUUAAAUUAGGGAAGGUAAUGCGUUAAAUUAUUUUAUAGAUAGAUUUGUAAAAAGCGCAAUAAAAUAUAUUAUGUUGAUGAUUGAGGGUUUUUUUUGUCUUCACUUUUUCUUUUUUCACUAUAUCAUUAAAUGUGCAUAUACAUAAAAUGUAAAUUAUGUCAAUUAAAAAACAAACUUCGGCACGCUGGCUUCAGCAACCUAACUGAAACCAUAUGACAGGCGUUGUAUUCAGGUAAAGGAUUUUACCAAUCGCAGAACACUCGCUAUUUUUCCGGGUUGUUGUCAGCCAAUCACAGUGCCCUCUGUUGAAAUCAUGGUCGGUUGUGUGCGCGCUGUGGUGUACGUGCUGUUAAGCGCAACGAUGUUAUUCAGUGGCCUUGCUAGAAAACAUAUACACACUCGUUUUUAAUGCAGUGGCCCAAUAUAUCGAUAAUCUCAAACGGAGCUGUAUGUUUGGAAACGAAGGUCUGCCGUAACCGAUGGAGGAUCCCAUUGCCAUAAUCCCAUUCUAGAGAGAAUUUUAUAUAAACAGGCUGGCCUGGGUCGCUUUCAAUUUUUCUCCCCACAAUGAGACUGUACGCAUUUCUUCUGACGAACAAUUUACCAAAGAUAGAAUUUUAUUCGAGGUUUUCACCAUCGCCCCUAUCAAUCAAGCAGUUUCUGGAAUUUGGUAGGGAUAAUGCAUGUGAGAAGACAUCUUACAUGUUCCUUCGUAAGGAGCUGCCGGUGCGUCUGGCAAACACCAUGAGAGAGGUGAAUUUACUGCCUGAUAAACUGCUUAGUCAACCGUCAGUCAAGCUUGUGCAGAAAUGGUACAUGCAAAGUUUCUUCGAACUGCUAGAGUUUGAAAACAGGAAGCCAGAAGAUCCUCAUGCCCUCAAUGACUUCCUGGAGACUCUUAUUGAGAUCAGAAAUAGACACAAUGACGUCGUCCCGACCAUGGCCCAGGGCGUGAUCGAAUAUAAGGAGAAGUUUGGUUUCGACCCGUUUGUCAGCUCCAACAUCCAGUACUUUUUGGACCGCUUCUACACCAAUCGAAUCUCCUUUCGCAUGCUCAUCAACCAGCACACUCUCCUCUUUGGCAAUGAUAUCAACCCAGCCCAUCCCAAACACAUUGGCAGUAUUGAUCCCAACUGCGGUGUGGCCGAGGUGAUGACCGAUGCAUACGAGACCGCUAAGAUGGUGUGUGAGCAAUAUUAUCUAGCUGCCCCAGAGCUGACGAUAGAAGAAUUCAAUGCCAAGGCUCCUAAAAAACCCAUCCAAGCUGUGUAUGUGCCCUCCCACCUGUUCCAUAUGCUGUUUGAAUUGUUCAAGAAUGCAAUGCGGGCCACGGUUGAGCUUCAUGAGGGCAGCAAGGAGGGUCUACUCCCUAUAAAAGCAAAAGUAACCCUGGGGAAGGAAGAUCUGUCUGUGAAGAUCAGUGACAGGGGAGGGGGUGUGGCUUUACGGAAAAUUGAUAGGCUGUUCAACUACACCUACUCUACUGCACCAACACCAAGUCUGGACUCUAAACAAGUACCAUUGGCUGGUUUUGGACAUGGUUUGCCAAUAUCGAGACUGUACGCACGCUACUUUCAAGGGGACCUGAAACUGUACUCAAUGGAAGGGGUAGGAACAGAUGCUGUCAUCUAUCUGAAGGCUCUCUCCAGUGAAUCAUUCGAGCGUCUGCCUGUCUUUAAUAAAUCUGCUUGGCGGCACUAUCAAGGCGGCCCAGGAGCGGAUGACUGGAGCAACCCCAGCAAGGAGCCCAGAGAUGCCUCCAAAUACAAGGCCAAAAGAUAAUUGCACUUCAUCCAAAAUGUCACUCUGCACCCAUUUACAGACCUUCUACAUUUCAGUCUAGCUUCUGUUUCCAUGGCAACAUCACAUUAAUGCCGAGUGUUCCGUUCUUGUUAGCAUUUCCAGAGCAGACGAUUUAAGCAGCAUUAAAUCUCUACUCGUUCAUCAUUUGUGCAGCUACAGACGUAAGAUACAGAGCCUCCUUUUAGUGUCUUCCGGGGCAGUCUAGGGAAAACGGUGAAACUUUUGUGCCUAGAGUGUCAGAUACUUUGGUUCUCUUUUAAGUAUGCCACACAGUAGAGCCCCUGUUGGAAUUCCGGAACCAGCCAGAGAAGGAAGACUGGAGUUUGAGAUGAUCAAAACAAAGAGCAUUUCUUUUACUGCCAUUCAGAAAUUCGAAGGCAAUAGAGACCCCCAUUGCCCACUGUUGCCAUGACUACAACUGCUAUUUUCUUGGCAAAUUAGCCGAAUGAAGAAACAAUUUUAAAAAGACUCAGGAGAAAUGAAAAUAUUUUUGUUAGAAAGAGGGUGAAUCUCACAAAACCUGUCAAGAACAUGUCCAGGUCAUAUUUCUUCUCAAAAUCAAAAGGAAAAAUUAAGAAAUCAUAUUUUGCAAGUUUAUUUAAGUUUCUGCAUUGUGACUUUAUCUUAAAACUAUUAAGUUAAAGUUAAAGUCCCAAUUAUUGUAAUGUGAAAUGAAAUAUCUACAGUAAAUACAGUGUAUAUGUAUGUAAACAUAUUAAUAUACACACACAAUUUAUAUUAAGUAUUUAUGGUAGUAUUUAAAUUUGAUUUAUGCUGGUUUUAAUUGUCAUCUGAUUUUAAAAUAAUUUGUG